GUGCGUUUUAGACGGAAGCGCAGCUGCCCGGCGGUCGGAGGGGCUGGGAGCCGGAGCAGACGUCCGAGCAGCGGCCGGAGCCGGGGAGCAGCGGGCGGGCAGCUGGACGCGGGCAGGCGGCGGCAGCGGCUCCGGAGGGUUCUAGCGCGAGCAUCUGGCGGCCCUGGGAGCCCGAGAUUCCGGCAGCCUGCGGAGGGACAGCGGAGGUGGUGACCGACCUGCCGGGAGAGAACCGGGGCGGCGGAGGCGAACUCCGGCGGCGGGAGGCAGCCCGCUGCCGCGAGAGAAGGCGCUCCCUGUAGACAGGGAGAAGAAGAAGAAGGGCCCGGGCCCGGGCUGGAGGGCAGGGGUACGAGCAGUCGGGCGGAGGGGGCCACUGACACUCACCCUCCCCCCCGGGAGAUAGUUUCUUUGUGGCGGGGCCGUGGCCAGAGGGUCAUCCCUAAGCGGGGCAUUCCCGGAAUCGCGGGGAAGCGAGAGCAUCGCUCCUGCUGGGGCAGGUCCCCGUGGACCCGACGGUCACGGAGGUGACAGGGCCUGCCUAGAGUGGAAGGAGAAAGUCAGAAACUUCCCCGAUGGGAGUCCCGGGGCUCUUCCCCCCACUUAGAGCCCUGGACUUGGGAGUCCCGGGUAGAGCCUGUUCUGGAAGGGGGUUCUGCUCCCUGGUGCGGAGACUUCCAGUUCUCCACGGGAUAGAAGGAAACCUCUCUAAGUGAAGGAAAUCAAAGGGUUAAAGUCCCAGCUCAGUCAGGAAGUUACUGCUUGACCCUAGGCAAGCCGCUGAAUCUCUCUCUUUGCCCCCUCGUCUUCACCUUGAGGAGGCUGGGUCAGAUCGCUGAGUCUUUCGUUUAUUUGGAUUCUCUGAGAGUGGAGAACUGUGGCAGUUGCCCUUGUAUACUCACUCAUGAAGUGAAGACUUGUUGACCUGCUCUCUGCCCAUCCCGGUAAUUCUCCCCGGCACUGACCUGGUUCCUGCUAACAGUUGAGCUGCAUCAGAUGGAGCAGGAGCCCUGGGACCUGGGAGGUAGAUGAGACAAAAGGCAUUUGGCUCAAUCCCUGUGACCAAGGCAGCAGAGUGCUGUGCCAUAGGGACCAGGGAGAGAAAGAUGGAGGACUGGAUUGGAGCAGGCCCUUUCAGGUAGAGGAAGGGAACUAAAUGGACAUUGCUUUUUUUUUUUUUUUCUUUCCACCUUUUCGCCUCUGUGAAACCCCCUUACUGCACAGCGUCCCUCCCUCUUGCAUACCUUCCCACCUGAUCUCAGGUAAUCUAAUGGACAUAUGCAGUCCAGGAGGAGGAAAUAUCUUUGGCUGAUACUUUCAGCCUCCUGGCUCCUCCUUCUCCUCUUAGGGGCUCCUCGAUUCCGAAAGCUUGCCAUCCUCCCUGGCCUCAGACCCAGGACGCUGACCAACUGGCCCCAGUGGCUAGAUCAGGGACUUCUACCGAGUUUUGUGGGGCCUGAGGAGCUGAGCAAAGAACCCUGCCCACCUUCCUGUAGCACCCAUCGAUGGCGGAGCCAGAAGCUUGGCUGCCUAAUGGAGACAUGUUUUGAUACUUCCAGGUGCCAGAGUCAAGACUUCAAGGUGUUUGUGUACCCCAUUGGGCUGACCCAGCCCAUCUCCGAACUUCAUCAUAAAGUUCUGGCUUCCAUUGAGGGCUCCCACUACCACACAGCCAACCCUGAGGAAGCUUGCCUUUUUGUCCUCCCAGGGGAUGCCCUGGAUCCCCAGCUGCUCCCGCUGUGGAAUGGAGGGCGGAAUCAUCUCAUUUUUCAGCUCCACCCUGACUCUUGGCCUGGUCUGGACUUUGAUCCCGGGCAGGCCAUGGUGGCCAGAGCCAGCCCCACACCAGAGACCUUCAGGCUUGGCUUUGAUGUCUCCCUCCCCUUCCUCCCCCAGAGCUACCCACAGAGGGGUGGGAGUCGAAGCCAACUGGUCCAUCUUAUUCCCCCUCCUGGAGAGGACCUUUUGGCCUUUGAAGGCCAGUUAGACAUGUGGGGCACUGGCUUUUCCAUCCAACAGGACCAGAAUUCUAUCUUGAACCCCAGUGAUCACCAUGGCGAGACCAUCAAAAGCUACAGGGACGGGCCAUGUAAGCAGGACCACACCAUUGAGCAGUCUGAGAUGCAAAACGGCCUGCACAACUCUACCUUCUGUUUCAUCCCCUCGAGCUGCCACGCGGGCUCCUUCCGUCUCCUGCAGGCCCUGAAGGCAGGAUGUGUCCCUGUGCUGCUGAGUAGGGGCUGGGAGCUCCCCUUCGCUGAGGUCAUUGACUGGGGUACCGCAGCCGUCAUCAUUGAUGAGAGGCACCUGCUUCAGAUCAAGUCAGUCCUCCAGGGGCUGCCCCCGGCCCGGGUCCUUGCCCUCCGCCAGCAGACCCAGUUCUUGUGGGAUGCCUACUUCUCUUCGGUGGAGAAGAUUGUCCACAGCACACUCGAGAUCAUCAGAGACCGGAUCUUUAGAGCAGCCUCCCGGCCCUGGCUGUUAUGGAACGCUCCUCCUGGGGGGCUCCUGGCCCUGCCUACCUUCUCCACACAUUUGGGAGACUUCCCCUUCUACUAUUUACAACAUGGCUCCCGGCCCUCUGGCAGAUUCAGUGCCCUGAUCUGGGUGGGGCCCCUAGACCAGCCCCCCCUGAAGCUGAUCCAGGAGGUGGCAGGCUCCCAGCGUUGUGCUCAGAUUCUGGUCCUCUGGAACAAUGACAGUCCUCCUCCAGCCCAGGGGAAGUGGCCUCAGACUACAGUGCCCUUGAUGGUCAUUGAAGGGAGGACGAAGAAGAGUGACCGCUUCUUCCCUUAUGGCACCAUCAGCACUGAUGCCGUCCUCAGUCUGGAUGCCCACAGCAGCCUUUCAACCAGUGAGGUGGACUUUGCCUUUGUGGUGUGGAAGAGCUUCCCAGAGCGAAUUGUGGGUUUCCAGACCUGGAGCCACUUCUGGGAUGAAACCAAGGGCUCCUGGGGCUACACAGACCAGAGGCCCAAUGAGUUCUCGGUGGUCCUCACCACGGCUGCUUUCUACCACAGGUAUUACCAUAACCUCUUCACCCACUCUCUGCCUGCCCCACUAAGGGACCUUGUGGAUGAGCUCUCAGCCUGUGAAGACAUCUUGAUGAAUUUCCUUGUGGCUGAAGUCACCAAGCUUCCCCCCAUCAAAGUACCACAGAGGAAGCAGCUCCAGGAGGUCCCCUCUCCAAAGUCGUUCCAGAGUCCCCAAGCUGAGCAGCGAUCCAGGGGCUGCGUCAACAGGUUUGCCUCCUGGUUUGGCCACAUGCCUCUGGUGCAUUCACAGCUCCGCCUGGACCCCGUGCUCUUCAAAGACCAGGUGUCUGUGCUCCGGAAGAAGUACCGACAGUUGGAGCGGCUUUAGGACCUGGGACAGCACCCAAAGCAGGGUGGAAAACCGGCCGCUUCUGACAGGGCUGCCAAGGUCAUGGUAUGGAUGAGACGCUGGCGUUUAAAGCUAUUCCUCUUCUGCUUGCUGCCGGGCAAAUCGCUGACCCUCUCUGGGUCCGUUUCUGGACAGGAAAAUAAAAUAAGGGGGGCGGACUAGAAACGAUUUAAGACCUUUGUGCUUCCAGGACAGCUGCUUAUAUUGUUUAGCCUGUGCCGGCUGAGCUCCCAGCUCCAGAGACACCUGACCCUUGCUUGGGGAGACUCCCAGGGUCUCCUGCGCCGAUACCCGGCUCACAGAGGCUGAUCUCUGGCUCAGAGGACCCUCAUCGGAGCAGGAGCUCCCCAGGCUAACACCCUCCCUACAGUCCUUCCUGGAACCAUUAGAGGGCAGCACCAAGCCAGCUGUGAACAGCCUCUUUCUGUGGCCCGGGCUCCUGGUUUAGUUGGGAUAGCUGGAGUGGGAGACAAUCAGGAGGGUGGGGUUUUCCCCCCUUCCCCACCAGGAAUGGGACCAGCUAAAUCAGAGCUGGGAGAGGAUUCGGGACACACGAGCAGUCUGCCCGGGCCAGAGAGUAUCAGGGUGCCCCUUAAGAAACUCAGUCUGUAUUAUUUAUAUGCUCAAACUUCCUGGGGCAAAUUCAGAGGGGUGUGGGGAUGUGUAUAUGGGUGAGAGAGAGAGAGACAGAGAGAGAGCGAGAGAGAGAUGGAGGUAGGUAUGGAGGGAAUACCCAGAAGCACUGAGGACAGCCCCAAUGGGGUCUUGGUCUCUUUGGGAGAUGAGCCCUGGGCGGGGGGGCUCCUUAGAGAUGGUUGUUGAGAACCUUUGCACCCCAUGCCAUUGGAGUAUUAUGAAGCAGAUUGUGGGAAAAUGGUCACUCUGAGGCAAAGUCCCAUUUGCCUUGAUGGUGACCACUCGGCAUUCCUGUCUCCAGUUUGCAAAACCCUUCCCUUACGACUCUAAGGCAGAUAGUGGGUGAAUUCUCCCAUUUUGCAUGGUAGAACCUGAAGCUUCGAGAGGUGUAGUGACUUCGACCUAUAGCUGAAGACCUUCCUAUUUCUUCUAUUACAGACCUGCUCUCCCCCAGAUCUGGGAAAAACUUUGGAUCAUCUGACUCAAUCCUCUCAUUUUAAUUUAUGAGGAAACUGAGUCCAGGGAAGGAGAGAGGUAGCAAAGUCAGAAGAAGUGGAUUCGAAUUCAGACCCACUAAUUGCCUCCAAGACACAACCCUUUACUUCCUGGGCUUACAUUUCCUCAUCUGUUAAACACGAGUGGGGAAGGGGAGUGCAGAGGGAAGACAGACUCAUGUGUCUCUGAGUCCUAAACAGUUCUAGAUCCUAAGAUGCUAAAAGUGAUCUCAUAAAGGAGCCACAGAAGUCUUCCCGUUCAGGACUCCCAUCUUCCUGUCUGGUGACAUUUAAGCGAGCUAGAAGGACGCUCUUGUUUGGGUCAGCCAUCGGCGUCCGAUUAAUGUCUCCCUGACCCCAAUCAGCUGCUGGUCCCCAAGGCCUGAGCCCCGGCCUAUUCGGUCUAGCCUUGACCUAGUCCAGGGAGGGAUGAGUUUAAACUUCCUCCUCGAAUUUCACAUCCUGGGACACCUCAUCACAGCAGGGGUGGGGCUGCUGCAGUCGCUUUGGAAAUCCAGGCUCUGCCUCUUCUUGCCCAGCUAUAAAUAUCUGCCUCUAGCAGCUGCACUUGCUACCAGAAGCCCAAGAACUCAGAGGAGGGGGUUGCAGGGGGGCAAGCCUGGCCAGUCCUCUGGGGGUGCUGGGGGGGAAACGGAGGAAGAGAGCAGCCCUUUCUCAAAGCCCAGGGCACCAGGUGUUUGGAUGGAAUCGGGGCUUUGGAAACCCCCAUGACCCACUCUAGAAGAACGCGCUGUCCCCUCAGCUGCCUCCUGAUUCACUUGGGACAGGAUGACUGGUGUCUCUCCCCAGAGCGGGGGAGUUAGCAGCCGCUGGGGACACUCAGGCAGGAAUCCCUCCCCCCACCCAGAAAAAGGUCCCAAGCUCGAGAGCUCUGGCUCAGGUAGCCUGGAUGAAAGUCAAGGACAAUUCUGAGCUGGCGAGUGUAACCCAGGAAAAGGUUUACUUGGCAAUUCUACAGGACCACUUUGGGCAAAAAGCACCUGGCCAGCGAGAGGGAACAGGGGGAUAGAAGCAGAGGUAGAACAUUACAGGGCAGAGAAGCUUCAAGAUCUGAAUUCGAAUCCUGCCUCUGCCACGCUGGGAAAGUCACUCAGCCUAUUUCCUCAUCUGUAAAAUGGAGUAAAUAAUAAUAAUGUCUAUCUCACAGAGCACUGUUAUGAUGAUCACAUGAAAUUAUAUAUAUAAAGCAUCUUGCAAACCGCUUUCUAAACAUUGGCUUUUAUCUAGAGGCAGCUAGGGAAAAGUGAUGGAGAGCUAGACCUGGAGUUGGGAAAACAAAUUCAAAUCUGGCUUUGGACACAUUAGCUAUGUGUCCCUGAAUAAAUGUUUUAAUCCCUGCCUCAGUUUCCUCAUGUAUAAAAUGGGACAAUAAUAAUAUCUACCACCGAGGGUAGUUCCAAGGCUCAAUUUAAU